GAGUUCCAGAUCCUCAGUCUAACUUUUGAGUUCAACCAGUUAACAUCGUUCGGCGGAGCAAAAUUUCCACGGCUUCUAUUUGGACAUAAAAAAAAUCAACAAAAAAAUUUGCUUUCGGUUUUGAGACGAUGUCGAACGCAUUUUCCUACUGGAACGGCCAGCCCGUGAAUGCGCCUGUCUAUCCGCAAAUGGGUGACCUCAUGCAGCAGUCCGCCGGUGGCGCAGCAUCGGCGACAUUAGCUGGAGCAGCAGCCGCAACUGGAGCAGCGUCUGGACCAGGAGGACUCUCCGGAUGGCCGGGCACCGGGGCAGGAGCAGCUCCUCAAAUGCACGUCCAGUCGCACAAUCCCUUCGCCGCCGCCGCCGCCGGAGGAGCAGGCAUGGCUGGAGUCGGAGGCGGUGUCCAGCGGGGCAUGUCCAUGCCCAGUGCCCCCCAGAUGGGCAUGGGCGACUACGGGAACGUGAGCAGCCCGCUCACCUGCAACCUGCCCACCAACUUCUUUGGCCAGGGAGCCGGGCAGUUCGAGCCCUGCAUCGACAAUGGCGAGGCCUUCUGCGCCUACAACGGCAUGGACAUGAGCAUGAACUACGGCGGAGGCAGUGCAUCCAAGGGCGGCUUCUGGUAGGACGAACCACGCCCACUCAAGCCACACUCUCAACCCCAUUGCUCAUCCACGGAUCAAGGCAGCAGCAGCAGCACUAGGUACCCAACACAACACGCAACCACAGCCAAAAUGUAGUCCACUACGUAUCGAUAAAGACACAUCCACUCCACUCCUUGCCCGCGCCGACGAAGGACGUUGGCGUUAGUCCGUUGGUUCAGUUAAAUAUAUAUGAGUUAAUCCUG